AUAUUGAUCUGUUACUUGCAAAGACUAAAUCCUUCAAAUUGACUUGCGUCACACGAGCUAUUGCAUCAGCUGAGAAUUUUUCUGUUAAAUACCGACUGUUCACUUCGCCCUUUCUCUUGCGCCUACGAUCUGCGACACCUUCAUCUCGAGACUUAUACCCACAAUCUAGUACAGGAGUCGAUCUUCCAGAUUCUGUUUCGACGAUUCAGCGACAAACCUACGCAUUUAAAACUCCAACCACCAAAGAUAAUACCGCAUUCAAUAUGACUUCACGACCUAUGAAGCACAUUGAUCGCGAGGAUCUCUACACGAACCUCGAAGCCCGUGUUCAGUAUCUUCACUCAUUCCUCGACUUCUCAAGCCGUGACAUUGAAGCUCUCAUCACUGGCGCAAAAUACGUCAAGGCCCUCAUUCCCGCCGUCGUCAACAUCGUCUACAAGAAACUCCUCCAAUACGAUAUCACAGCUCGUGCUUUCACCACCAGAAGCACUUCCUUCGAAGGUCCUCUCGAUGAAAUCCCCGACGAGAACAGUCCUCAAAUUCUGCACAGAAAGAUGUUUCUGCGCGCUUACCUUAUGAAGCUCUGUUCAGAUCCUAGCAAAAUGGAGUUCUGGGAGUAUCUGGAUAAGGUUGGAAUGAUGCACGUUGGUCUUGGCCGCAAGCACCCUCUUCACAUCGAAUACGUCCAUCUUGGUGUCUGUCUCGGUUUCAUCCAGGACAUCAUGACCGAAGCCAUCCUCUCACAUCCUCGUCUACAUAUCCAGCGCAAGACAGCUCUAGUCAAGGCCCUCAACAAGGUCAUCUGGAUCCAAAACGACCUCAUGGCCAAAUGGCAUGUCAAGGACGGUGCCGAGUUCGAGACAGGCGAUUCUGAUAUCGAGAUUGAGCGUGAGGGCUACUUGCAUGGAAAGCGCAUCAUUGGUGAGGGUAGUGGUUCUGGUACUGAGGAUGAUGCUUCUGAACAUCAUCAGCCAAACACCCCGUCAAGAAUUCCGCAUCCUAGUGGUAUGCCCGCUGGUGGUGUGUGUCCCUUCUCGGGGAUGGGUGCUCCAGCUGAGGAUGAGGAGAAAUAGGUGGCUGUAUCUCAGGUGGAGAUGAUGGACUUUCAACAAUACAUAUCUGGCGUUUGUGAUAAUGACCUAUUUUGGAGGGUGGGAUUGGGACACUCGGGGUUUAAGGAAAUCUUUUUGGUGUAUUUCUUUAGGAUAGAGUAUUAGUAUGGGAAUCAUGGAGAAAGAAUACCACGCCUCUUUUUCAUUUGACCA